UGUAAAUGUAUGCAUGGAAGAAGAAGAAGGCCAAGAUGCGCUGGUCGACUACGACAGCGAUAGCAGCUUUAUCACGGUAAUAGAUAGAGAAGCAAAAGAUAAAAACGAGGAGACAGUAAGAAAAGAUAGAGAAGCAAAAGAUAAAAAGGAGAUGGAAAGAAGAGGUGCAAUCCCGAAAAAGAACUUGCCUAAAGUCAGAGAGAAUAUAGAUGUGACCAAAGCAUGGGAAGAGAACCGUCCAGUAUUGCCAAUUGGAACCAAAAUAUUAUAUGAAAAGCAAAAAAAAUUGGUCGAAAAAAUGGACAAUUCGAUGCAGGUGCUGGAUAAAGUAAUGACGAAGGCCACCGAGAUGAUGGAGAAUAUG